AAUAAUUAUCAAAAGCUUAAUUCAUCUCGUAGCCUCCCACCCAUGACUACGUUAUUAUUUUUCUAAUUUCCUACGUCUUCAGAAACUUCCAUUUGAAAAGAAACGCUCCAUCUUCACCCAUUUAAUACCCCCCAAAAUAGUAGUAACAGAAAAACCCAUCAAACUUCUUUUUAUUUUCCUCUCUUUCAGUUCUUCUAUCUAGUUGAUUCUUGAUCAACUAUGGCUUCAAUUUCUAUUAUUGCAACUUUCUCUUUAAUUCUUCUUCUUCUACCAAUAUGGUCCACUGCAAGCAAUGCUCUGCCUCCUAUCUUUUCCCCUAUCGCUGAGAAUGCGUGUAAAGAAAUGAAUUGUGGAAAGGGUACUUGCAAGGCAUCUUCAAAUUCUACUUUUGGAUUCGCAUGUGAAUGUCAACCUGGAUGGAGGCAAACUCGUUCAGAAAACGAUAAUUUCUUCAAGUUUCUUCCUUGUGUAAUUCCCAACUGUACUAUGAACUUCUCCUGUGGAGAGAAGGAGGCUCCUGCCCCAGCACCAGAUAAACGCUCUAAUUCAUCGAUCUUUGAACCUUGCCAUUGGGCUGAUUGUGGAGGAGGCUCAUGCAAUAAGACCUCUGCCGUGACAUAUUCUUGCGAUUGCCAAGAGGGUUAUUACAAUUUACUCAAUCAGACUGCUUUCCCUUGCUUCAAAGAAUGUGCUCUCGGAAUGGAUUGUGCUCAGCUGGGGAUUGAUGUACCGAACAACUCGUCUCCUCCUCCUAGUUUGCCUGAUAACAGCAAAAGUAUAGCUAUUUCGUUUUUUGGUGGUGGCUAUGGCUGGUUGAUCAUCACAGUUGUGUCCAUAGCUCUGCGGUUUUGUUGAUAUAAUUACUCCUGCGUUGAUGAAUAAGCAAAUUAUUUUGCAGCUGGUUUUGGCUUAGGGAUAUCAUAUUUGUUAAUCCGAUACGAGUGAUUUAGAAAAUUUUGCUUUGUUAUAGAGGUAGUUAGGAGAUUCCACUUAUGCCAUUGAGCUUUAUGUAUUCCCUGUAUAUAGCAUUCUGGGGUUGAUUAUUUUUGGACUUGUGAGACAUUACUCAAUUUGAUUGGAAGAUUGAACAA